AUGAAUUCACUCAAUAAGAUAGAGAACUCUGUUAGAGUAUCUCUUAAGAAUCUUGGAGUGUCAUACUUGGAUCUCUAUUGGAUGCAUUGGCCUGAGAGCUCGGCAUUUGGAGAUGCUACUGAUCCUCCUACUAAGUCAGGGAGUGAGUAUAGGCAGUUUCUGAAUCGGUUCAAGACUACAUGGAAAGCAAUGGAAGGUGAAAUACAGGCCAUUGCUAGCGGCCUCGCAUGUGGUGGAUCAUCACGGUCAGCACAGCAAGCUGAGCUCCGAAAAAUUCGACGAGGAUCUGACAGAGCAGUGGCCAUGGUGGACCGACCUUACAAGCAACCCAAUCAAUGGGCCGAGCCGGUCACCUUUACGGCGACAGAUUGCACAGGUGUUUGCUAUCUCCAUGAUGACCCCCUAAUUAUCUCUGCUCUCUUAUCGAACUACGAAGUCAGGCGAGUCCUGAUCGAUAACGACAGCUCCUCAGACAUCAUCUUUCUCAAUGCCUACCGCCAACUAAAGAUUGGAAAAGAGAAGUUAUCACUUCUACAAACCCCUCUGGUUGGAUUCACUGGCAAUUGA